AUGCCCGCCCACCGCGUCUCCAAAACCACCAGCGAGCGCAUGGCGCGCGACAAAGCCGCCACGCCCGUCUACAUCUCGGGCAUCGCCGGCGCGCACCCCCUCGCGACCGGGCUGGCGUACUACUACCGCGGCCACUACCUGUACGCGUGCCCCGGGCGCACGCUGCUGGAGCCGCUGCCGUUCAGCGUGCGCCACGGGAUCACGAUCCAGGGCGUCGUGAGCGGCUCCGCGCCGGCGUACGACCCGGGUGCGCGGUUGGUGCCCGAGGCGCGGAUUCGCGCGCUGGACGCGGCUGUGGACGCUGAGCGUCGUCGUGAGAGAGAUGUAGCUGCCGCCGCCGCCGCUGCUGCUGCUGCCCCCGCGCCCACACCCGCCGCUGGACCCGCCGGCGCCUCGCUGGCCGCCAUCGCGCCGCUGGUGCCCCUCGCGCCCUCCUCCUUCACCCCGCGCCCCGGCGCCGCCCACACCGCUGCUUCCGCGCCAGGCAGCCGCCUCGCCUCGCGCGCGGCAUCCCCGGCCGCCCUGCGCCCGCACAGCAGCGCCCUGGGCCUGGCGCGCCUGGGCGCGAUUCCGGGUCCGGCGCCUCCUCCCGCGGACGAAGACUUGGCUAAUGUGUGUGCAGAGCAUGGAGAGGUGGGGUAUUUGGUCGGGCUGGGGGACCAUGCGUUGGUGGGGGAGAGGGGGAGGGAGAAGGUGCGGUGUGUACUGCAUGGGGAGGGGUGUGGGGGUGUGGAGACGGGGAGCGAGGGGUUGACGGAGGAGACGAGGAGGGGGAGGGGGUUUGUUGAGGAGGUGCCGAUGGUGGAGGUGGGGGGGAGGGUGAUGGUGGAUUGGGCGGGGUUGUUGAGGGAGGCGAGGGGGGGUGAGUGA